AUCCUGAGUAGGGCCCAUGGGUGUGGGCCUUUGUGCAGGCUGCUUUGUAGAGUUACUUCCCUUUUCUUUUUUUUGUCCAGCUCUCUUUUCUAUCUCAUAUUUUUUUCUCUUCUUUAUCUUCUCUUCUUCUUCUCUUAAAAUCAUCAAGUGAUCAUCGAACAAUAUUCAAUAUAUUCACCUCACGUUCCGAGUUCCAUCGUUAUCACGUGCGCUCACGUUUCGUCUAUUUUUUAUUUUCUUUCUCUUAUUUUCUUCUUCUCUUUAUCUUCUUCAGUCUGAAUUAUCAAGGGAUAAAUUCAUUUACGGUAGGAAUAGUCCGACCUAUAGUCGAAUAUCUUGUCAAUUCACCAUCGAUUUUUACGCGAGAAUAGGGGAAGAAUAAGAGAAUACUGGCAUGCAUGUCGGCGGGCAUAGGCGUGGAUUUUCGCGGGUGCAAUUAAACUUCAUUUGAUUGUUCGUUUUGUCCCGAGAAUACGGAUUAUAGAAUAAAGUCACAAUUUUUCUAAGACUCACGUUUUAUUCAAGUCGCGAUUAAAGGUCCUAUCCGUGAACUUUAUUUUAUUUGAUCGAAAAUUUGAUUAGAUUAUUACGCGAACGUAGACUUUAGAAUCAAUGUUAUUCUAAUACAUACGGACACGAUUUAAAAUCUUACCGAAGAUUGCGCUUUUUAUUGUUCAAAAUUUGGAAAGUAUCAACGAUCGUACUUAAUAAUUCGUUAUGUGUGAAAAUUAAUAAUCUUUAUGUCUGGAUCGGUAUUGCGGAAUGUAGAUUUCUUUGAGUUGAGUUACCGUAAAUCCGUGGAUCUCCAGAUGCAGCAACCUCCACGUGGUGAGAUCUGAGUCGGUAGUACUUGCGAUGUAUUCAAAUCUUAUUUAAUACAAGUACUACCGAGCGAAUGACUGCAUAUUUUAAAACUUUUCCAAUAUCUUUUCAAUAUAAUUCCAAUUAAAGAUUAACGUAUUUUCAUUUUACAUUACCAAUUAUACUUCAAUAAAUAAAUGAUUAAAUAUAGUAGAAUUCUAAAAUAAUUUCUUAGAGAAACGUAUAGAAAGCUUUUCUAAUCGUUCUUAUAGUUAUUAUCAAGCCCAUAUAUUUCCUAUUUAUUCUCAUUUACUCUUAUUAAUUAUUAUUUAUAAAAUAUAUAAUAAUUAUAAGAGUAGAUUUAUUCUCAUUUACUCUUAUAAAUAUUAUUUAUAGGUAGAACCCAUGUGUUGGAUCCAUGUGCGUGAGUCUUUGUGCGAGCUCCUAUCUAAGCAUCGUGCAAACUUCUCGGGUAGGAUCUUUGGAUUUCUUCCGAUGUGUGCCCUUAGUUGGGUUUUUUUCUUUCAAUAAGGAAAAAUCGAGUUCGAUUUUGGUACGAGUGCGAUUUUGAUGGCAUAGUGCGAUAUUUAAUAUGUCGAAUUUAUAUAACCUGAAAAAAAUAACUUGUUAAAUAUUUAACUUACAAUUACAGUCUUAUAUAUACCUAUAUCUGAUAUAUAUCUUUGCCUUUUUUCGGGAUACAAAAUUGAUAAAAUUUUGAAAUAAAAAAGAAAAAAACGUAGAAACUUUGACGUUGAUUCUGAGUUUGUAUCUGUUCUAAUGUAAUGUUUAAAAUGGCAUUUGAAAUAAAAUGGGUGUCAUGGCAGAUGAUAUGUGAUUGGUUAUUGAUUUAUUUGCAAAACUGAUGUCAUUUAAAAUUUAAUAUAGUCAAACUAAAUAAUUAAUUAUUAUUACUUUUUUAUUUUUCUAUCUUUUUUUUCUAAUGUGAUUAAAAUUCUGGAAUCUAGAGCAUAUUACUGUAUGGUAAAACUUUGUAACAUCACAAAACAUAAUGUACAAUUUUUUUUAUUUACAUUAAUAAUGACAACUUUAAAUUCUAGUUUGAAUAAAGAACCCCUAUAUCUAAUCAUUCGUAUCUUUCCAAUAAACACGCUUAAUGCUAUUUAAGUUAUGUCAAGAUAUAACCAUAUAAAAUUAACACAAGGAGAGAUACGGAUUUGAUUUAUCAAUGUGCUAUUUAAAUGUAACCAAAAUUAUCGUUCUGUAAAUAUUUAACAAUUGAUGUUAAGUAAAGAAAAUAUAUUAUACUAUUGUUCAAGAUUUGAGCAAGUCAUUGUGUGAAAAUUCAUUAAAACUUGCAUUUAUAAAAAUGCGUGAAAAUCAAUUGAAUAUAAGUGGGAAAAAAAUUUUAAUAACUGGAUUUGGACCAUUUGGUAACCAUAUUGUUAAUGCAAGUUGGGAAGCUGUGAAAGAAUUAUCUAAACUGUGGCCACAAUCAGAAUUAUGUAACAUUCAAUUAAUUACGAAACAAAUACCUGUAUCUUAUGAAUACGUAUCUACAGAAAUAUCCAAACUAUGGGAAGAACACAAUCCUGUAAUCGUUAUACAUGUAGGUGUCUCUUACAAAGCAAGCUGCUUAACCAUAGAACACGUUGCUCACAGUACAGGCUAUGCAAGACCUGAUAUAAAUGGUAAAUGUCCCAAUGAAAUAUGUACUGUUUAUCAAAUUUUAAAAACAGACAUAAAUGUUAAUAAACUUUGCGACAGUAUUAAUGAGAAUUCAACAGAAAGUGGAUGCAAAGCCUGCAUUUCUUAUGAUGCUGGAAGAUAUUUAUGCGAAUAUAUAUUUUAUCAAUCAUUGAAUAUUAAAACGCAAAAAACAUUAUUUGUUCAUGUUCCUGAUCUUCAUGUAUAUUCUAGCAUGCAAACUAGCAAGGGUUUAUAUGAUAUUAUAUAUUUUCUGGUUAAAACCUUAAAUGAUGAUUAAAAACAUAACGAGCAUUAUAGUAAAAAAUGUAAAAUUUUACUAUUAUCUUAUAAAAACAAUGAUACUUAAUAUCUAAUAUUUUUAUCCUUAACAUUUAAUAUAAAUACAUUAUUGCAAAUGCA